UCAGUCGCCAAUACAGUGGCGAGCGCGUGAGAGGUGCACGGUGAGCAGCGCCGGCCGUCAGUCCGCGGCGCGAGCAUGUUAGGCGUGAUCGCGGCGGCCGCUGCCAGUCGCUUCCCCCGGCUCGACAACAGGAUUUGGCUAGACUAUGAGCGCCAGGCCAGUAUGACGGCUGACAAGAGCACUACCGCCUCUGAGGAGGGCGUCUCUCCGCCUGGCGACCGGGCCGCACUGCACGCUGUCGCUAACGACGACAAGAUGUCGGACUGCGGCUCGGACGGCGGCUCAGUGGACAGCGUGGCCGACCUGCCGCCCGCCGAGACGCCUCACCUGCUGGCCUGCCCGGCGCGCGGCUGCGAGGCCGCCUUCCUCAGCCCGCAGCUGUUCACGCAGCACACGCGCACGCACAGCACGCGCGCGCAGGACGCCGACGGCCGCUACCCCUGCGGCUUCUGCAGCAAGUGGACCAGCUCGUCUGCGGCGCUGGACCGCCACCUGCUGACGCACUCCGGCUACCGCCCGUUCCCGUGCCGCCAGUGCGGAAUGAGGUUCGCCACCAGCGGCAGUCUGCAGCGGCACACACGCAGCACGCACUGCGGCGAGGAGCGGCGCGCCGGCAAACGCAGCGCCAGCGGACACGAGUCGGACGCAGCCUCCGACGCGCCGGAAGGCAAGCGCCGCCCUCCAGCAGAGAUCGAGAUCGAAUCCGACACCGAGGAGCCUCGCCGAGGUGGCUUAGAGAAGAUGUCGACGCUUGGGAAGCUGCUGGACCGGCGAGGGUCCCCCUCCGAGGACGCUGCUGGCCGCGGAUCACCGGCCGGACGGUCUUCCAAGGAGGCCACACUGAGCUGCGACAAGUGCAGCUUCCGCACCAGCGACGCGGACGCCCUGCAGCAGCACGAGGCACAGCACAAGUGCAGCGACUGGAUCCAGCACAUCGGCGGCUAUCCGGCCUCCGGGGGUCGGCGCGGCGACUCGCGCGGAGAACUGGCUGACAUCCGCUCCAUCCUGGGUCUGACCAGCCCGGGCGCGGCCAGCGCGCCGCCGUCGCGUCUGCCGCCGAGCUCGCCAUUCCGCGGGGACCGCGCCUCCACCAGCCCGCCGCCUCAGUACCCUCUUACAGAGGCCAGUGACAGCAGGCCCGCCGGAGCACCCGGCGGAGACGACCCCGAGGACCCGGCCUUCGAGCUGAUCCGUGCCAUGAAGGCCAAGGGAGAGUUCCCGUGCCGUCUCUGCGACCAGGUGUUCCCCAACCUCCGCGCCAUGAAGGGUCACAACCGCGUGCACAUGAGCUCCACGCCGUACGAAUGCAACGUGUGCCCCUUCUCCAGUGGAGACAAAUCCACGCUGACAAGGCACAUGAAAGACCACAACGGCGAGCGUCCCUACGAGUGCCGCGUCUGCAAGUUCGCAUUCACCACUAAAGCAAACUGCGAGCGCCACCUGAAGAACCGACACCAGCUGAAGCUGAGGGAGCUACUCAACGACAACAUGGUGGUCCACCUGCCGGCUGACACGUCGCCGGCCAAGCCGGCCUCCCAGCCGGCGCAGAGCUCCGUCUGCACCAUCUGCCACGCCGACUUCAAGAUGCCCAAGGUGCUGAAGGAGCACAUGCGGUCGCAGCACCCGCCGUCACGGCGCGGCCUCUUCAUCUGCACUGUGUGCGACCUCAACUUCCCGGAGCAGGCGCAGGCGAUACAACAUGUGCGCAAACACCACCCGACCAAGGAACCUGGGCUGGUGCUGCAGGAACGGUCUCGUGACGACUCGUCUGACCUCAGCAGCGUCGAGAGUCUCAUCGACCAAAGCAAGCGGCGCCCGAUGCCGCUUUCGAUGCCGCCCACCCUGCUGUCGAUCCCGAGCAUGAUGAAGCGCCCGCCGCCGCCCAUCGUGCCCCUGCGACCUGCCGCCUCUCCGCCCGCACCACCUCCUCCUGCUCCUCCGGCACCGCCGGUCCAGCCAGCGGCUCGCACCCCAUCCGUGCGCGAGCGCUCCCCGUCACCGAUCCCGGAGCCGGAGGACGAGGCCAUGCCGCUCGACCUCAGCAAAAAGUCCGCUGAACCAAAACGCUCCGAGGAGCCAGCGUCGAAACAAUCGGCAGAGACUGCCGAGCCGAAGCUACCGGUGCUGCCACCGCCUCUGAACCUGUAUAUGCCGUAUCCUCCCAACAUGCCGUUGUUCGUUAUGCCCGGCAUCUUCCCGUAUGCCCUGGACGAGAACUGGCAGAACCGAUUCAGCCGAGAGAUGGCGCGCGGGUUCCAGCUGGGCUCUGGCGGCGGUAUCUUGGAGCAGAGUCAGAUGCACGCGUUCAUGUCGCUGGCGGCUCAGGCGCAACUGGAGCGGUCGGCAGAGAUCGAGAGGAAGGAGACUGAGGAGUCGCGGUGGUCGCCGCGGGCAGACGCCAUCGAACUUCCUCGCGAUGGAACCCCGCGGGAGGAGGUGCUGUCGGACGGACUGCUCAAGAGCAAGCCGAAGCAGCGGCGCUACCGCACGCAGCGGCCGUUCUCCUGCAACUACUGCGAGGCGCGCUUCACGCUCAGCACCAACAUGGACCGGCAUGUGAAGAACCACCACCCCGACAAGUGGGAGCGCAAGUCGCGCGGCACGCGCAGGCCGCCCACCGGUGGCCCCGACGGCAGUCCGAAGCCGACCGCGCAGCUGCCGUCCGCGGGCAGCCCGGGCCUCGAGCAGCAGCCGAGCCCGUCCAACGGCUACGUCAGUGACGACGAGUCGCAGCUGGUGAUCGACGAGCCGCCGCCGCCGACGCGACGCGACGACGACCUGGCCAGCGUGUCGCGCGUGGUGGACACUGCGCAGGCGCAGUCCUUCCAGCAGUACUUCCGCAGCGACGAGGAGCGCAGCGACGCAGCCGACGACGCCUCGGGCAGCGACGACGACCCGGAGCGGGCCGAGAAGCGACGCAGCGCCUACUCAAACGCUCCCAACAAGAUCCCCUGCAAGGUGUGCAAGCGGGAGUUCCCGUGGACCAGCUCGCUGAAGCGUCACGAGCUGACGCACAGCGGAGAGAAGCCGUACAAAUGUCCCCACUGCCCGGUGAACUUCACCACAAAGUCCAACUGCGACCGUCAUCUGGUGCGCAAGCACAGCGGAGGAGCAUCGGACGACAGCUACACGAUGCGCAACGUGCCCGAGCGGCCCUUCAAGUGCGCGCUCUGCCCGAGCUCGACGUUCUCCACGCAGGAGAACCUGGCGCACCACCAGACCCAGAAGCACGCGCCCGGCGCGCCGGCCACCCAGCACCGCUUCUGGUGUCACAUCUGCGAGGAGCAUUUCUUCGACCUGGAGGGGGUCAAGGACCAUGUGGAGGCGGAGCACGAGCAGGCCUGGGCGCUGCUGGAGCGUCACAACAGCCGCUGGGUGUCCGAGAUCGCCGAGGAAGACCAGGGCCAGGAUAAGACCUUCUGCAUGGUGUGCCUGAGCGGCUUCUGCACCACGGCCGAGCUGCGCGAGCACAUGACCUCUGCGCACCGCGCCUGCCCCGCCGGCGACUGUAGCUGCGCCCCCUGCAAAGAGACCUUCUCCCUGGAGCACGCGCUCUCCUGCGGCUGGCGGCAGCGGUCCACAGACUCCACCGCCGCUCCCGACACCGUCCAGCCGGAGCCGAGCCGUGCCAAGAAGAGGGACAACCUGAACGACAUCAGCAAGCGACUGAGCGCGGCCUCGCAGCGCCGGCUGACCGGUCAGGAGCCGGCCGGCGCGGAGAGUGCCGCGGCCGUACCGCUCACCGCCGCCGGACAGUGAGAGAGGACUCACCUCCGCAGAGACCGGCUCCGCCUGUACAUUAUCGCCGGCGUAGGUGCCCAGACUGGGUAUGAUCUCAUGUGAACACGCGCCGGGCUGCGCGCCAUGCGCUCACUGAUGCCGUCCGUUUUGAACGAUUCGCUCGAGCCGCGUGGCCGCGUUAGGGCCCCUACAAAUAUGGCUGCGCGCGAAACGCCUUGAGCGUCCGACUUGAGGUGUGAUAAGUGUUGGUGAUUGUUUGUCCGUGUAUUUGUGGCGUGUGGGUUCAUCGAUGUGCGUUGUGUCUUUUCACUCUCCGUUGUGGCCAUGGUCGACACAGCACGGCACGGCACUUGUGAUGUAAAAUUGGCACCUGAUCCCACCGCGCACAGCGUUCGAGAGGCACAGUUACCUCUGUUUAGGUGGUCGGCGGGCGACCAACCACGGGCUAGCUCCUGCGGAGCGGCCCAUAGUCAGCAUUCCACGAGGCCUUCGAGUGUCGGCAGAGACACGGCUCCUGAGUGCCUAUGCAAAUACCACGUAUGUUCUAGCAAUAACGACAUAAAAGUGGCCCUCGGGCGCCGCCGUUCGUUUGUCAGAGCACGUGUGUGAGUUAGUGAGUGAGCUAGUGAGUGAGUGAGUUGUGAGAGUGGCGCUGGCGGAGACGCUGAUGUGUUCCGCUGCAGCGAAUGUAUCUGCACGGCUUUGGGGCGGCGUCCAGGCGUGUGUGAGCGCGCACAGGAUGGAUGUUUGUAGCCGGAUGCGCCGUAUUUGACUCCGCAGGCUCACGUUUUCCGAGUCUGUCUUCUUCACCGUGUGGUGUGACGGUGUGAACAGCACUUUAUCCAUGCUUCAGCGUGAAUAUUACGUGUGGCUAAGGGACUACCAUUAUUGGUUGGAAGGCCUACUGGUUGGAAGCCUAGUUUGUAGAUGUGUUUCUGUUCGAAUAAUUGUGAAUGGUGAGCCGAACGAGGCAUUAUUAUUAUCAUUAUUAUUGCUAUUAUUCUAUUAAUAUUAUUAUCAUUGCUGUACGGUUAUUCAUGCUAUCGUCAUCUCAAAUAAAGUGUACACAGUACAACGUA